ACGUCCAAUUUAUGGUCGUCAAAAUCGUUCUGUCAGAUCAACAAUUGAGCGUAUAGUGGAAAAAUUUGAAUCCGAAGACACAGUACAAAAUGUUCACGUGCCAGUGAGACAAAGAAGUGUCCGUAGUUUCAAGAAAAUUAUCCGGAUUUUCAUUGAAAACCCACCUUCAGCGAUGAGGCUCAUUUCUGGCUGAAUGGCUUCGACAAUAAGCAAACUAUGAGUAAUUGGUCAGGCAGAAAUUCACACGUAUUUCAUGAGUUAGGUGCGGCUUAUAGGCCGGCGGCGUCAUUGAGUCGUACUUUUUCCGUGAUCAUUCACGUUACUGUGAAUGGGAAUGGGAAUCGCUACCGCUCAAUGAUGGCCGAAUAUUUUUGGCUCGAAUUGGAUGAUAUGGAUUUGGACAAUAUGUGGUUCCGACAGCACGGCCCAUAACGAAUGUCACAAUAUUUAUUGAAAACCAAGUUUGGUGAACGUGUUAUCUCGAGAAAUGGCCCAGUCAAUUGGCCGCCUCGGUCGUGUGAUUUGACGCAGUUAGUCUAUUUCUUGUGGGGCUACGUCAAGUCUAUGGUCUAUGCCAACAUGCCAGCGACGAUUUAUGAACUUCGAGCGAAUAUCGAACGUGAAAAUGCAGCAGGAUCAGCCGAUUUAUCACUGAAACUCGUCGAAAAUUGGGUUCAGCGUCUGGACUUCUGUAAGCGUGCCUUGGUGGCCAUGCAAAAGUAAUCGAGUUCCAUACAUAAUGGCAUAGAAUGUAUUUUCACAGGAUAAAUUUGCUUGAUAUCCCACACCGUCUUUGUUUAUUGAAAAACGCUUUAUAAGAUAAGACGUAUAGUACUCGGCACAAAAUAAAAAUGCUAUAUAAAUUAAAUAGAAGUCAUUACACGACAUAAUUUUUCCUCCAAUUCAAUUUGCUGGUUAAAACCCAAAGUUCAUAUUUUCAAAAAAAAAAAAUCAAGUUAAAAUCCAGAAAUGGAAAUGUUUGCAGCUAAAUUUAUCACAUAUUAAAUUUUAAUUCCAGAAAACUCGCCUUCGGAUUUUUUAAGAACCCCCCUAAUGCUCAUACCCUCAUACGUGUAUGUAUAAUUUCGCUUGAUCGCCGCUUAUUGUGCCUGUUUACAUUACUUUACCGUCGUCAAAUGUACUCUAAACAUUAAUAUUCAUAUAUACAUGCAAACAUACAUCCAUACAGCCAUACAUACAUUAGAUAGUAUCAUCGCGAUUGUGCGCACGCGCGCACACAUAAUUUUGUAAUUAAGCGCGGGUGGAAUACCAGCGUGACCAAAGCGCCAAAGUGCAAACACGUACUCACACACACUAUAUGUACGAGUGAUAUAUGCUCAGCACUUCCACAUUUCACCUCCCUGCCUUUGGGGCACCUCUAUGCCCGCUGCACGCCAAACGAUUAUUAUAGCGCAGUGUCUAUAUAGGCCAAACAGGCAAGCGCUUCCAUCAUGUCUGUCUGUGGUCUUGGCUUGUGCCUGUUUGCUCGCUAUGGCAGCGUCGAGUAUAAACUGCUUUCCACACUUUAGCAUUUUGGCAGCAGUGUUGCUUCAUCAAAUCGUGAUUUAUGAAUUCAUCAAUUUUGCAAUUUUUACGUGCAAAGCGCUUUUUAUUCGGUAAAUAUACCUAUAUAUACUCUUGCAUAUAUGUGUUUAUGUUCGGAGUAAUUUUGUGUAGCCCACUCUUCAUUGCUGCUCACUUCUAUAUUUUGCGAAACCUUUUGAAAAUGCGCAGAGAAAGCGUAUCCACUUAGUGUUGGUUUUUUUUUCCUAAUCCACUUUCAUUUAAUGAGAUUACUUUUUGUUUUGAGAAAAAAGCCAAAAACAAAUAUGAACUUCUUUAAUUUGCGCAUGAAUUCGACAUAACACCACAUUAACGCUCGUCAAAAUUGACGUUGUUAACUUGAGAUAUUUUUCGCCAAUUAACUAUGUGUGCAGUUACGGUUUCACUGAGUGAACAACAACAACAAAAUUGGAUGGGGUCAUGUCAUAAUUUUAUAUAUUUUUGAUUAGUUUCGAGAGCUCAUAUUUUCUUUUUAUACGGUGUUGUUGUAUGAUUUUUGACGAAAAAAAGGAACGAAAACUCCACAAGCUUAAGGAAAAUAUCGGUCAAAUAUAUCUAACAAAAUAUUUAUAAAAUUGUAAUGGCCAACCAAAUUUCCAAUAUUCUAGUAUUAUUGAUUCAUAAAUUGUAGGUUGUUUGAGUAAGAUUUUUGUCAUAUGGCCAUCGCGAUUUUGUCUUCUGAAGAUCAGCCAGUCGGUCGUUUCUGCCCUACUUUUUCCACCAUUAACGGUCCUAUAUCACUAAUGAAAUGACCAAUGUUAAUUUCCAACUCGCCAGUCUCCACUGAUGUAUUAGCAAAGAUCAUUCACAUGAUGGACUUUCACAAAAAGUAGGCUUUUUUCCUAAAAGAUCCGAAAGUUCGUCCUAAUAAAUCAUUUUCCUAUAGUACUAACCAUUGCGGGUAACAUGUUUUUGAAGUCUUGAGCAUAGAGAGCUUUUAAGUUUCGACUAUUUUUAAAUCUUAUCUCGAUUUAGAUUUUUGCUUGGUCAUUUGUCAAAAUAUACUGAACAUAACUGUCAAACACAUCUCUUUACAGUGACAGCUAGUUUGACAGCUAUGUCUCUAGGAAAUUAACAUCAUUCAAAAAACACCCUAUAAUGUUUAAGACAUUAUCUAUUCUGUUUUAUUGUCACUUGAAGAAAUGUCAAAGAAUAUAUUCGACUGAUAAGAUCUGAAAAUUCCAUACUUACAUAUAUCAACAUAUCAGAACAGUUUUACUCUAUAGGAGAUUAGAUCAGAUUCAUUGACGAUGUCUUUAUUCGCUAUACAGCGCUUUUCCUCGAAGUAUUUCGUUGAAUUAGAAAUUUUGAAAUAGUUGCAUCAUCGCAAUUCCAAUGCUCAGACCUCUGCAUUUCCUUCACCUAAAACUGAGUCAAAGCCUUCCCGAAAGACACGCUAUAUUAUACAAGUCUGUUAGCCCAAAAUAAGAUACUUAGGUGUUCGUGGUAAUUCUCCCAGGUUAUCAAUUAUAACGAUAUCGCUGUGAUCCUCGUAUGUGUAUUGUUUGAACAUGAAUAUAAAGGUUUGUAUUUUGAUCUUUAUUUUGUUGUAUGAAAAUAGAUCCAUCUGUACCCAAGUUACUGAACGACUUUGGAAUGCGUUAAAAUUAUAUAUUUGUCUCCAGUGUUGGUUUUGCUAUCUCAACUGGUUGUCGAGGUUUAAUAGGUCUACAUUCUAUGACAAAUAGUAGUCUGAACGAAGUUUCAACUAAUACUUUUAGGUUGUCUUUGACGGCGGACUAAGAUUUGUUAAGCAUUCGGCUCAGUCCUAUUCGGCUUUAUCAACACUAAUACUACCUAGAUCGAAGAUGUAUGUUUCUUGAGUUCAUUAUGUCGCUUCAUUGAUUUUAGGCUUCAAGCUACAAUUGUUGUCUUAUUACUCUUCCAUACUUUGGCUCAUCAAAAAACUAUUUGAUGGCAUCAUCAAGUUCUCUUUUUCAGUUUUUUUUUGUGGCAGUGGCCAAAAUAUUUCUGCGCUGUCACGUGACCUCUGUUCUAUGCUAAAUUUUUAGACUCAUCUGCACAUGCCGAUGACUCAACGCAAAAAUUCGCACAAUUAAAAUGCAAAAUUUAUGGAACAUUCCUCAUACUAUCUGUGCUGUUUGCUUGUGGGUGGAACUUUAUUGUUGUACACUUUUUUUUUGCGUGUAUCAUAAUUAUGAGGUUAUCCCUAAUGCUAUUUGGUUAUUCAAACAAUUCAUGUUUUUUUGUUGUUUUCAUAUUUUUAUUAUGUGUUAAUAACAUUAUUAUGGUGCGGUUAUUUGUGUUGUUAUUGUUGUUGGCAUUUUACAGUAGUGGCGUUCGAUUGCCAUACAUAAGCGCGGCUGUCUGGACAAAUGCUCUUUUUCAUGAUUUUUUUUACACACACACGAAUCUAUAGCUGCCGUUCUUCAUCGUCAUCCUUCUACGCCCUUCCUUGCAUACCAUCGAGUCACUCACUCGAUUCAUUGCUGCUGAAGCAUUUCGCCAAUUCACUCACACACACACACUCGUCCAUCUAUCUAUCCUCAGUUGGGCACUUAAAUAGAUAUUUUGCUUACUAUUUUUUCAUUGCGUUUAUCAUUACUAUUUUAUUCACAUUGUUGUUGCUAUUGUUGUUAUUGUGCUUAUUUUACAUUACUCUUGUGGCCGGCCGCUUUCUAUUCAUAUUUCAUUUGCGGCUAUAAACAAGCGCUUUUAUGUUUCGCAAGUGUAUUUAUAUUUUUUUAUUAUUGUUGUUGUUGUUAUUUUUUAAUUCAAUUCUUCUCUCGGUAUAUUUAUGUAUUUAUUUUUUCUGCUUGAAAGCCCCCACUUGUAGUUGCCACUGUGUUUUCAAGUGCUUGCACUGGCCGCCAAGCGCUUCACCCUCGCACAAAAUUUACGCUUUGUUAGUUGUGUUGUUGUUGUUGUUGCUGUUUGAUUUUUAUAAUUUCUGCACAUACAUUACUUAUCAUUUCCCACAUUUUAUUCAUUAUUUAUUAAUUUAAUAUUUUCUGCGGUUUUAUUAUUGCCCAUAACUUCUUUAGCUUUUCAUGUAUCAAUUUCCAUUUUUUGCUUUUGCCAUUUUGCGAUUCUAGUGUCUCCGCGGUCUUUGAUGCGCUUCUUUUGCUACUUGUACUUUGCUGUGUGUGUGUGUGAAUGUGUUUGAGUUGUUUGGUGUGUGUGUGCGUUUGUCUGCCUUGUCAUUUAGCAAUGCCUAUGAUUGAUGCGGUGAUACUAAAGUUGUAAAGCGUGUUCAAUCCAAUCUUACAUUGAUACAUAAGUACAUUUGUAUGUGUGUGUAGAUCCAAAUAAAUGUAUGUAUGUAUGUAUUUGUACUACACUUGUAGACUCGUUGCCCGCCUCUUCUAUGAGGGUAGUUUGAUAAGUCGGUAUUUUUUUGAUAGAAAAAUAUUUUAACCCUUUCAUCUGCUCAAUAUCUACAAAUAGCCCAGCACUUUAUAAUAGUUUCCCUCCUUCAACAAAUUGUAUUCUUUGUCAAAAUAAUAUAUUUUUAUUUUCUUGAUGACAUUUUCGUUCGCUUUACAGCACUUUUCUUCCAAAUACUCCGUAGAAUUUGAAGUUUUGAAAUAGUUGCAUCACCGCAAUUCCAAGACUAUGUUUCCUUCGCGGAAAAAGUGUUUCCAAAGCCUUUUCGAACUUCACUCUAUAUUAUACAAGCCUUAUAGCACGAAAUAAGCUAACAAUAUAAUGAUAUCACUUGGAUCCUCGAAUGUAGAUUGUUUUCUGAACUUGAAUAUAAAGAAUUGUAUCUUAAUCUCUAUUUUGGUGUAUGAAAAUCGAUCCAUCUGCAUCUAAGAAACUAAUUUUAAUGAUUUCAGUUGAGAGGUUAAGUCAGUCUACAUUUUCACAUUUCCCUCUUCCCACGCUUUUUUAAACAGGUUUUGACUUGAAGAAAAUUUGAAAAGAAAAGAAAAAUUAUAACUCUAACUUAGGAAAGCUGACCCAGUUCCAAAAAAGGUCCUUGCCGUGACAAUCACACGUUUUUGGAGAUUUAUCUAAAAUCAAUCGGACAAGAAAAUUUAGUUUUAUAAAUUGAUAAUACUUUUUAGUUUUAAAUUUUUUUUUUCAAAAUUAACAAAAUGGCGGCCUCAGGAAAUUUUUUUUCUGGAUUUCAAUAUAUAACUGGUCCUAAAAAAUCGAAAUUUUUGAAAUAAUAAAAAUCUUCGAUCAGGCCCAGUAUUAUUAUGUAUUCUAGAAGCUGUAAAAAUUUAAUCAAAUUCUACUGAGCGCUUUUCGAGUUACAGUUGCCACCAAUUCAAAAAACAUAGUUUUGAAAAAAAAAAAAACAUAUAAACUUUCACUCAAGUGUUUUAGAGUGCCCGAGCGCUCUUUGUUAUUUGUCGAAUAACUCGAAAGGUAAUUAUCGUAUCACCUUCAAAUUUUCAGAGAAAAUUUUUCAGAUAUUACACUUAACGGAAAUGCAAAAAAAAAAAAUAAUGAUUUUUUGAAAAUUCUGACUACUUCUAACCCCUUAAGGGGAUCAUCCUAGGUGACGGAUUAUCCCAUCUGGCCGUAAAUAGAAAGAGCAUUAAGUUUAUUAUAAUUUAUUUUCAUAUAUGUAGUCAUUAUAAAUAUACAUUUUAGGUUAAAAAUAUUGAGUAGAACAUGAGUUACGGCGUUCUGAACACCCCCUCCUCGGAAAAAAAAUCCCCGAUACCGGCUGAUUGGCUUAUCGGAAACAAAAACAUUCAAAUCGUGAUUCUUAAAGCGAGAAAUGGCUGCUGGCUAUCCAGAGGAUACUUCGUCUAAGACCGGAAGUCAUGAGCUGCUUGAGCCAUAUGAAAAAUAAUCGCUCUUCGACACUCCCAAGUGAUUGGCAGCUAGGACCUUUCCUCAAUUGCAUGAACUUCUACAUAUGGGGCCACCCACCACUGUGGUUUAUUCGAAAAAAUUUCGGCCAGAGGUCCAAUUUUCGACAAAAUUUCUGCAGCAAUUGGAGCCGUGUGUCAGCAAUAAAGUCCAAAUGGGCUAUAAAUCAAGUAACAGCUGUCGAAAAGACCAAAUCUGAAAAAAAGUAUUGCGCCAAUGAAAGCCAUAUGUCCAAAAAAAAAAAACAGCCAUUAUAAACAUUUCGCUCAAAAUUUGUUACAAAAGUUCAUUCUAGUAAAUCAAUAUUACCGAUGUUAUUGACAAAAAAAAUUCGUACAAACUUUUAGGAGGCCUUAUCCUCUUAUUAUAGCGGUGUUCAAUAAAUCAUUACCUUUAUUAUUAACAAAACAAAAAUUAAUCUUAAAAAAAUAUUUUUUUGUAUGAAGUUAUAAAAUGUCUAGAUAAAAAUAAGCCACUUUAUCUGACUACCCUCGUAUUUACGUGGCUUGUGCCUCAUCAACAUCAUCAACAUACAUACAAACACACAGCAGAUUUGUAUUAUAGCAACAGCAUACACUUGACAAAAUCGCACAGUGGGCCGAAAUCACAUGUGUUUUGUGUGGGCUGAUAUUAAAUUCAUGUUUAUCUUGUAUUUGCAUACACAAAAAUUUACUUAUGUGCUCCCUUGUAUGCGUUGUUUGUAUGUAUGUAUGUUUGAAAGCGAGCAUGCGUAAAUGCCAGCAGUUGAUCUUCGUUGCCAGCGCCUAUUCUACAAAUGUGUAUCGUUUGUGUGUGUGUGUGUGCGCGCAUUUUUGCCUUUUAUGGUAAUAUGUUAAUCGUCUCUUUGCAAAUAAAUUAACAAAAAAAAAAAAACGAGAAAAAAAUACAAAAAUGUUGUAAAGUGAGAUCGCUUUGUGAUCGAUGUUGAAAUUGAAUGAGUAUGCAUGAAUUAUUUAUACUCGGUAUGUACCAUAUAAUAAAAGCCAUAAAAUAUAUUUAAUUUCAUUGCGAUUGCUGGUGUGAGAACAACUCUGUUGUGAAUGAUAAAGAAUUGUGGUUUAAUAGAUGACGCAUAAUCUACUUAACAUAAAUGGGGCCUUAGGGUGGUAAUCAAUCAUUGAUGUUUUGAAUGUUCGACAUAUUACCAUGUUAGGUUGUAUGCUUUUAAAAUGCAAAAAAGUUGGGAGAAACCAAAAAUGUUGAUGAGUUGGUUUUGUGAUUAGAUAACGAGUUGACAUAUUGAUUUGAUUUUUUCAAAAUUGACAAAUGUAGCUGUUGCUUUGUUUUCCAAGAAUUGUCUAUUGAAACAAAGGGUGUUUAUAGUUCAUAACUCAACUAAUUUGUUUUUUAAACUCUCUACAAUCAGUGUAAGUAGGCUUCUGGCGAAUUAUUCUCUUUAUUCUAUAUUUUUUUAUCUUGUAGACUGAUUUAUAAGCCGACAGUUUUUGCACAUUUGAUCUUGAAUGACUUAAAAAUCGCAAGACAUUGUCCAUUAUUACUUUAAUAAUAUCAAUCCAAUAUUAAUUUCAACGGUUUCAUCGUUUGAUAUCAAGAAAAGGUUUUCAAGUGCUCUGAAAGUCGUAAGUCACUUCAGCCUUCUAAGGAACCGAAUUGAAACAAUUGACAAAUCACACGGUUUUAGUUUGGGUUUACACAAUUGGAUGUCAUAUCCACUCUUUUGGAAGGCUCCAAAUAUAAAAGUUGAAAAACUUAUAAUCUUCUGUUUCUACUAUCCACUUAAGAACAAUAAUCUCAUAGCAUUCAAAGCCAUUGUCUAAUUAAGAUAAUUCAAUUGCAACUGUUUUCUUUGCUCUUGUAAGAGGGGUGUUUUAGAAAUACUUCAAUACUUGGAACAAACAUAUUCGGGUUUAUUAUAUUGAAAGGUCCAUAUCGGCGGUCCCUGAAACAAUUAAAAAUGGUCGAGAUUUUUUCGAAUAUUUUUCGAAUUUCUUAGUUUAUUCGAACAGGCAUAUAUGUAUUUCCUUUGUUUAUGGAACCAAAUCUUUUUUGCUUUUGACUAAAGGUCUGAAUCGUUAGAUUGUUGGAAUAAAAAGCUUUUUAAUACCGUUAUAUGCCUAAAACCCAAGCCAAGCGAGGCAAGUGGUCGAUUAUGUAGAGACUUCUGAGAGAUAUUAUCUUAAUUAUCUUUGAAGAACUUUUUGUUUUUAUUCUUUUUGGCCACAAAAAUCAUUUUCAUGUCUUUUUCGCAAACAUCUUUGUAAGAGAAAAUGAAAAUAGCGGUGACGUUGCUUCAUAAUCUGCACGGAAAUUGGUUAGGUUAGUCUGGUAGGCCAGAAAGCCACACAUAGACCAGUUUUGGUCAUUUUACCAGUUGGAGUGUCGUCUCGUAGUUAAUGAGGAGUUGUCGUCGUUGCGCUUGACGCGAAUUCCAAAAGGUUAUGUGGUUUCACUUACGAUAUCUCUUCCAGAUUGAGAUUAUCGUGGGAGCUUGACACUCAAAUGCUAAAGCCAAGCACACAAGCACACGAGAGAUGCUCCAUUGUUUCUCUGGUACCAUGCUCUUGUCAUUUCCUACAGUCUUCGUGAUAUAUCAGCCGCAUCUUGUAGGCGUGCGCCGCCCCCAGUCUAUAGACUGAAAUAUCAUUCUCUGAUGAUUUUAUAAUAGUUUUACGUGCUAAUAAAGCCACUUUGAAAAAACUGUAUUUCGUCCGCAAAAAGUAUUCUUCCUCGGCUUCCUCCGGCGGGUACUGCAUCAAACACUUUCAGAGCUGGAGUGUUUUCGUCCAUUCGUACAACAUGACCUAGCCGCUGUCUUUUUAUUCGCUGAACUAUGUCAAUGUCGUCGUAUAACUUGUACAGUUCAUCGUUCCAUCGCCUGCGGUAUUCGCUGUUGCCAAUGUUCUGAGAACCAUAAAUCUUGCGCAAAAAAAAAAACUCGAAAACUCCUAGUGUCGUCUCAUCUGAUAUGGACAUCGUCCAAGCUUCUGCACCAUAAAGCAGCACGGGAAUGAUAAGCGACUUGUUUGAUUUUGGUUCGUCGAGAGAGGACUUUACUGUUCAAUUGUCUACGCAGUCCAAAGUAGCACCUGUUGGCAAGAGUGAUUCUACGCUGGAUUUCGAGGCUGACAAUGUUGGUGUUGUUGAUACUGGUUCCCAGGUAUACGAAAUUAUCUAUAACUUCAAAGUUAAUAGUAGUCGCCAUUUUGCUCGCUAAAUUUUGGCGAAUCGAACACAGCUGAUUUGAAAACCGUUGUGAAGCUCCAAAGUAGGAAUUUCAAAGCUUAAUAUUUUUGUUAGUACACACUAUUUUUAACUACUGUCCUCUCAACCAGCUGUGCCCGUGGGCACCAACGCCCCACUGUGUAUCGGUGCUUCAAAACAACUUAACGCAACCGCAGUUAUUGCAGCCACUUACUUACGUUGACAAUUACGUCUAAUAACAUUAUUGUGCUCUUAUACGAGCAUGCAUACACACAUACAUAUUUACCUAACGACGUAUGUACUUACGUAUGUACAUAUGUAUAUAUAAUAUGUGUAUUGAAAAUUGCUUCGUGCUACUGAUUUAUUUGUGCUCUACUCGUUUAUAGCAUUUGUUAAGCGCAUUUGUUGUUGUUGUAUUAUAUUAUUACACACACUACUUAUGUAGUUACGUUUUUUUUUGCCAUUACUACUACUACUACACACUGUUAUUAAUUUGUUGUUAUUUUAUAUGCAUUCUUGUGGUGUAGGCGAGUACACACAUACCUACUUAUAUAAAUAUAUAUGUUUGUGUGCAAUAUUGUGUGGUAACAAUGAAAUGCUAAGGCAACGGUAAUAGUAGUACACCCAAAACCACCUUCGAGUAACUAACGAACACUCCCGGCUGCCUCCCCUCUCAGCACCUGUUUGCAGCGUGUUGUUGUUGGGUUUUACUAUAAUACAUACAUACAUACAUAUGUGGUGGUUCUUGCCUUCAUUAGUUGUUGUUGUUGCUGUUAUUAUUAUUGUCCGUAUACUUGUUAGCUAGUAGCUAGCUUUUGAUUGACAGUGAUGGUUGUGACGAUAGUGACUGAUGAUGUGUUGGGUAGGAGGUGGUGGGUAGUAAACCAACAUUUUCAUAAUACAAACAUACGCAUUCGGAAGCUUCACACUAUGCAUUUACAAUGCUUGUACAUAUAUCCAAGAGCUCUCGGUCUGUUGUCGGCCUCUGUCUGUAUGUCUGUCAUUCAGUUCGCGAUUAUGCGCACAAUUGGUUAUUAGGGCGACGGCGUUAAAGCUCUAUGUGACAUUUUUUGCUCCACACUCGCACUAAAAGUCCAACACAAUUACGUGCAGUUCAGUUCAGUUUAGUUAGUGUCGUGUCGUCGAGAGGUGCCAAUCGCGAAAGGCGACCAAAACCAACAACCUGUCGGCACUAACCACGCGUAUCCAACCAUUUGGACUCAUCUUCUAGGUUAAUACGCAGUCGACAUACGCGUGUAAUACUCCAGUACAGCGGCAGCGCGCUGACAUUGUGUAAUGGAAAAAGGAGAAAACAAAAACAACAACAAAAAUCAGUACAUAAAUAAUAAUUAUAAUAUAGAGUGUAAAGUGUAGACCCACUGGCGUAUCGCAGUCUCGGCCUCCGCCAUAUGUGCAUGGUUGCAAAGCGUGCGUAGACGACGCAUGCAAGAGCUUUAAUCCAACUUAUGCUCGCUUGAGCUUUCUCAGUGCUGUUCGCAGUGCUUCAGUGUGUGGCAUUACGUGUACUAGUGCAUUGGCGAGCCGCCGUUGUGGUCCUACCUGUCGCACGCAAACGCGCACACACCAUUGUGGCAUGCAACACCAAGUCGCGCGGCGCCGCUUUAGUCUAGUCUAGUCAGGCGUGCGAGUAACAACACGGCUCGAACUCGUAGUUGAGUUGGCUGUGCUAAAAUAGUUAUUUUUUAAUGAUUUUCUAUGAGAUUGAGCGACAAAGUGUUGUGUUUCAAGCAAAAGUGUGGUGAAAUAACGGCACAAGUGUUAAAAAUUACAAAUUAAACAAAAAAUAAAACAAAAUCUAACAAAAAGUGUCUAAAAUCUGCACUCCUCUCCUCCACGAAAAACAACUCUCAAUUUAUGCAAAUUUUGCAGCCACAAAGUGUUUUGAGGUGAAUUGUGUGCUUCAUAAAAGUGUCAUAACUCUACAACAACGCAACAACAAAGCGCCACAAGCGACAACUUGCAACCGCAAGGCGAGACAUUGUCGCUUAAAUAAAUUUAAAAAAAAUAAAUAAAUAAAGUGUUACCAAAGCCAAUUUGACGUGCUUAGAAUUAAAUACAACGCGCUCACACACAGCAGAUCAGUAGCGGCGAUCUUAAUUAUAUCUUGGUGUGGCCAUUUAAACACUUUAGCUUCAGCGAAAAACCGGCGAAACUUUGGCGGCCUCACGCACGAGUUGAGUUGUUGGUGUUCAAUAGGCCUCACCGCUUGGCUACUGGUGUUGAUAACAACCAGCGAACGGCUUACUUUUGCCACUAUUGCCAUUCACCGCCGAUCUAUUACCAGUGAUAACAACGCUACGCACCGCAAAGCGGCGUCCUUAAUGUCUGCCAUCAACUGAUCGCGGUUACAUGCGUCUCCCAUUGCAAUUCUAUGCGAGCGUGACUCCCAACAGCCGCCCAAUUUGACAGUAUUAUCCCGACAACAGCAACAACAACACCAACUCUAUCACACACAAUCAGCCGCAGCGGCAGCGGCCGCAGCCAAUUCCGCCUUCUAUGCCCCCGCUUCGGGUGUCGGCGCCGUUGACACCAGCGAAUUGAUGAUACGCCUACGUGAAUCGAUCAAGCAAAAAGAGGAAUUCCUUAAAUCACCGCUGCCACACACGCACACCACACUGCACAGCGUACCCGCUGUGAGCCACACAGCGCAACAGCAUUUCUUCCCGCCGCACACACCACCGUCGGGCAGCCCGCAAUUGUCUAUGGUGUCGACGACAUCGACAUCGGCCGGUUCAUCAGUGCUGAGCAGCAUAGGUGGCGGCGGCGGCGGGCCGCGUGGUCAGGUGCGUACACUCGUUAAGCAACCACUCUCGGCGACAUCCUCAUCGGCGUCCAGCACGCGUGAGCUGCUGCCCGCCAACGUCAGUGCAAUUGAAAUGCAUCAAUAUUACGGCAGUGUCAGCAGCACUGGCAGUGCUGGUAAAAACCACGUUGUCACCACAAGUGGUGGUGGCGGCAAUUAUAUUAGCCUGGAGAGCACGAGUAUGAGUCGCGGCAGUAGUGCGACCGGUGUGAGUGUGAGCGCUGGUGGUAUGCGUGCUGCCGGCGUUGAAACGGUGCCCUUGCGUCGAGCAGCCGGUAAUGGCAGCGCCAACAGCAGAGCGAAUAACAACAAUGGCAUGGGUGAUAAAUAUGUAAAGGAUUUGGAUUACUUGGAAUCCUUGCAGGAGACUGGUGUGACUAAUAAAGUUUUCGAACGCAAGCUCGUAUCUCAUCUCGCCAAAGGCUUUGAUCCCUUCCAACCGCUCUCCAUUAACACCAACGCCUGCGUUGAGCCUAGCGCCACCGCAGCCGCGGGCAAUGUGAUGCUGAUAAAGAAACCCACAGUGCUCUACGAAUCACUGCAACAUCAUCCAUUGCAUCAGUUACAGGUACAACAGUUGCAACAGACGCAGCAGGCGCACACAACACACGCGCCAAUGCAAUUGACGAAGUUGCAACAACAACAGCUACAACAACACCAGCAGCAACAACAGCAUGUUAGCGGCAGCGUUGUGGACGGUGCGCAGUAUAGUCGCAUGGAGAUACACAAGGCCAGUUUGGCUACGACUACCAUCGAUCAUGCGCCGUCAAAUAAGUACACUGGCAAAUUACCGGAAGCUCUUGGAUCAGCAACAACAACAGCAAUAGUUGCGGUGGCUGAACCGAAACCGGCACUCACUGAUAUCGCUGAAAGCAACGAGGUGCCAACCAGCAGCAGCAGCAGCCAAGUGACAACAACUACACCGGGCACUUCCUCCGCCGAUGGCAAUGGUAGCGGUGUUAUUGGUGGUACUGGUGCUGCUGUGGUGCGUCGCUUUAGGCCGAUGUCUUCGUUCGAUGACAGCAAACCGAUGCGUCGCAUUUCAUAUUUACGCGCCACAAACAAUGAAGCGGAUUACUCAGCCUCGGACACAUCCAUUACAUCGUUGACUGGUUUGAAUAGCAGUGUUGUUGGCAUUGGUGCACCGCCACUUAUUGAAGUGACAUCGAAACAAUCGUCACUCGAUGAUGAUGAUGAUGGCGGCGGCAGCGGUGGUGGCGGCGUCGAUGACGAGCCGACAUAUGACGUGGUGGCUGGUGAUGAACGCGCCACAAUACAAACGACGGCCGAAUUGAUGGCGGCCACGGCGCAGGAGCAUUUGUUGGAGCAGCAGCAACAGCAUUUGAAAGAUAGAGCGAGUGUCACUGCAGAGGCGGCUAUUGUGGCGGCAGUGACGGCCGCAGGUGUUGGUGGCGGCGCUGCGGCGGCCUUAAGUGAAAGUAGACGCGAAUCGGUGAAUAGUGAAAUACGAAAUAGCGUUCACAUUGACGAUGUAAUCGCAGACAUAAAUGGCAAAUUGGAGACAAAGGAUGUGGCUACCGAAAUGGAAGUGUUCGAAACUGAAAUGGAGAUUAAGUCGUCGUGCAUCAAUGGAAAGCGUCUCUCGGAUUAUCGUUCUUGGCGCCAAGUGAAAAUUGAAAUCAAAGGCGAUAUCUUACGCAUCUAUCCGGGUCGCGGUUGUAAGGAGAGCAAUAUGAUAGAACUCGAUAUUAGAAAUUUUAAAAUCUUCGAUGAAUCGGUCGAUAAAAAGAAAUCCUACAUGUUUCGCAUGCAAUCGAAACCCACGCAAAUCGCCACAUUGGGCAAUGAGCUGAAUCUGGAUGAUGUGCCCGAUAAAUUGACGUCGUCAGGCAGCAGCGCCUCGACAACAGCGUCACAUGUGGAGCCAACACAUCACCAGCCCCACCAACAACCCACAGAAAUAUUAUUCAAAACGAAAAGCAUGACGGAAAUGAAACGCAUAUUCGGCUUAUUGCAGUGGAAGAAUAGUUUAAUUUAUGACGAUAAUGAUCUUCAAGGCAGGCAAUUGGCUGAGCCGCAGAAAACCGCGGCUAUCUCUAGCAUGCCAACAGCAACAUACUGUGAUGAUAACGUACAACACCAACACCAACACCAACAAUUACAACCAGAAUAUUCACCAUUAAGCACAACAUCACGCGGUGGCGAUUCCGAGCUCAUAUCGGACUCGAUUUCGCCAGUGAUGAAAACGCGCAAAUCAUCUUCACACAAAAAUAUACCCGAUAAAGAUUUAGGUUCCCCGAAAGCCAAAAAUUGGAAAGAUUUACUCUUUAGACGCGGCGGCGGUAGCAGCAGCCACAAUGCGGACAUUUCGCCGUCAAGCUUAGCUUCUGGUGGCAAGACGACCGGUUCCAUUGGUGUGCCCUUAAGAUCAUGUCCGAUGUCCAAGAACAACGAAUUUGUGCCGCUGUUAGUGGAUGUCUGCACGAAUAUUGUUGAGACAAAGGGUCUCGGCAUCGUUGGUAUUUAUCGCAUACCUGGCAACAAGGCUGCCAUAUCAGAGCUAUCGGAGCAGGUGAAUAAAUCCGACUUUUCAUGGGAUCGCUGCAACACAGACGUCAGGUGGGAAGACGUGAAUGUCGUGUCGAGUCUACUAAAGCAAUACAUACGCAAUCUGCCCGAUGCUUUGCUACCAUGUUCCUUCUAUAUAAAUUUCAUUGAAGCCGAUAAGAAGACGGGCUUGGAGCGUUUGAAAGAGCUUCGAGAGUUGCUUAACUCGCUGCCACGUCACUCAUACGAGACGUUGAAGCAUUUGAUACGUCAUUUGAGUCGCGUGAGCAAGAAUUGUGAUGUGAAUUUGAUGGAGCCCAAAAAUUUGGCGAUAAUUUUCGGUCCAUCGAUUAUACGCACACCAAACGAUACACUAGAGAUUGCAGUGAAGGAUAUGAAACAUCAGUGUCGCAUAGUAGAGUUACUCGUGACGCAGUACGACUACUUCUUCGAGAAUGGUCCCUUGCCCGAUCUGGCGGACGUUACCGGCAACACGCCCAUUGCGUCCACUUCCAGUUCCGCUUCGGGUGCACUACACACCCAAGAGGAUCAGACGAAUAUGUUGCUGCACAAUGUAUCGAAAAUUGAACGGCUAACCGAACGUGAGUCGUCAUCCACAACACGCACAUCCCGUUUCAUUCCACAACUGCGACGGCGUACACAUAGUAAGCGUGGUGCGGUCAGCUCGGAUACCUACUCGGGCGAAAGUGUGUUGGUAAGCGAAAUUCAAAAUCUGAAUCAGAGUCACAAUGCUUAUGGCAUGAGUUCGAAUAACAAAAACAAAAACAAACAUAAACGCAAAUCAUUGCAAUCAUCCAUCAACCUCAACCAAACCAUUACUAAACUCAUUUCCGCACCACACAACAUGCACAACGCACUACUCAAGUACAAUAUCACUAGCACCAAUUCCACCAACAACACCACCACCACCAUCACCAACAACAACAAGAACACUACCACACAAUCCACACCUAAUAUAUGCGUGGCAGCAGCCACCACCACCACAACCACUAAGCCUUUAAAGCAAUGCGCAACGGCCAGUCGCCAACAGCAGCUGCAGCAGCCGCCACUGCAACAAAUGCAAAAGCAGCAGCUGCAGCAGCGGCGUCGCAAAGCCGUGCCCACAAUUUAUGAUAUUGGGCUAACAUUGCGUGUACAAUUUCAGUCAUUGGAUUCCACCAAAUCCGUUACAACAGCGAUGACGACCAGCAGCAGCUCCACCAAUGCUACCACAGCGUCGUCGAGUAGCGGUAGUGGCGGCAGCAGCAGUGUGACCUCCUCCACGCAAAAGACGAAAAAGGAGCGUAACUUCCUGAUCAAUCACAGCGGCGGAGGGUUUGUGCGGCUGCACCAUCGCAAAGCCAGUCUGGAUGAGAAGGACUCGGGCAGCUGUAGCGGUUCGGGCAGUGGCAGCGGCGGCAGCAUGAGCAAAGAGCAGCAACGCAGCAGUGUCGAUAUAUCGGUGCUGCUCACCGAUGAUGAGUCGAGCAAUAGUCGCAGCGAUACAGGUUCCAUGUCCCUGACCACCAUUACCGAUACGCUAGACUCGAAAUUGCGCAACUUGCGUAGCGGUUCCGAAUCGAAUGAUGAAAAUGGUUCGCCCGAGUUCCGGAAAAAUCGACGGCACACACUCGGCCAGCCACUGCAUUUGCAUUCUGAAAACAUUCCCUAUGCCGAUGAGUCGCCAGAGCGUCACUUUCAUUCCUGCCCAUUGGAUGCACCGAAUGUACUGAUGCUGAGUCGUUCCUGCACCGCCACCAACACCAUCGCCACGGCCAAGGCGAAUGAGAGCAAGGAUCAGCGUGUGGCAGCGGUACUGUCCGCAUACAAAAACAACAAACUACAACAUUCGGCUACCGUGCCCAUUAAUCCCGGUUCGACAACAACAAUUGUGGGCAGCGGCAGCACACCAUCGACAGCGGCAUCGACGCCAACUGCUAUACUAACGGUAAAAACGACAAAUACACAAGGCGGUAUCAUCGGCACAAAUGUCGGCGGUACCGGCAGUGGCAGCAACUUAGCGCGUAAUUCCUAUGUGGGGCGUGGAACACGCUUCACCAAACAAGUGUAUGAGCAACAGUGUUGCUCAGACGAUGACUCCGAGGGUUCGACCACGAGCGAUCCGAAAGAUUCGCUCAUCAUAGCAUCGCCGCCGUUUUUUCUAGAUCGUUACAAUAAGAAGCGACGCGAUCAUCGACUCUUCCGCUCCGCUUCGUUCAAUUGUCGCAACUAUUCAUCGUCGUCGGGCAGACACAGCAGCAGCGGUGGUCAUCACAACACCGGCGGUUCUGCGUCAGCAUUGACGAAAGAUGAAAAGACUGAUAUGAAUUUGACGAAGAAGCGACAGAUACAGAACAAACAGAAUCGUUCCAUAAAGCGACGACACACUGUUGGUGGACCGCACGACUAUGUUGGACCGAAUGGCUGUCCGCCAGCGAAUAGUAACAAUUGCAAUCAUCAUCACACCUGUAAGGUGACAGCUGGUGCGGGUGGCACCACAACAACCACUACAACGGUGUUGCGACGCAUUCCUAUACCCAGCGCUAAUGGCAACAUCAGCAACAACAACAACAAUAUCAAUACAAAUCUAACGCAAGACGGCAACAAUGGCAAUGGUGGUGGCGGCGGCGGCGUCGGCAGUGGCAACAUUGGCGGUAACGGCGGCAAUGGUGUGGGCGGCGACAAUGCCGGCACUGCAACGGUGGCUAUGGCAAGUGGCGCGGGCGGCGAGCACGUGCUGGAGGUGGGCAUACGCAUCAAGAAUAUCAACAGAAGUCGAUAUUAGAGGCCUGCAUAUGAGCAUAUGAGUAAAAGCUGUAUUGCAAAGUCGAAGAGAGUGCAGCAGCAGCAGUAAGCAGCGCAAUGAAAAUUGCAAACAAAAGAUAAAUAAGAAAAAACACCAAUUAGUUAUUAAGUUCACAAAAGUAUGAAAAAAGUCAGCAGCGUUCAUUUAAAUGUGUGUGUAACAAAUAAGCAACCUAGUAUUAGCAAGCAAAAAGUUAAAUUAAAAUUACAAGAAAAAAAGCAAAAAAGAAAAAGCGCAAAACAACAAUGCAACAAGUGCUGAGGAUAUUCAAGCUGUGUGUCGCGAGUUUAUAGUAUUGCCUAAGAAAUUCCUGCAUGCAACCAGUAUCAAUACAAUACAAAAUACAAUUUAGCACAAUCAACACGAAAACGUCAAGAGUUUGUAGAGUGUUUCAAGGUAAACUUUGCCAAAUUUUACUUUUGUUGUUUUUUUUUUAUAUUUUUUUGGUAAUAUUUUAUUAUGCAGUAGUGUUCCAAGUAGUCUUGUUGUUGUAAAUUACAUAAUUUAUUUAUUAAAAAUUUAUUAUUAAAUUGAAGUAGUCUAGAGUAGUAUUUGAAAAUUUGUUUAAAAUUAUUUGAAUAUAAAAUCAGGAAGUUAAAAUUGAUGAAAAAGCGUAUGGAUUAAUUUAGAAUUUAUUUUAUUUUAUUUCUGAAAUUUCAUUUCUGAAAUUUGGUGUUUUUUUAAAUAGCAGACAGAACUAAAACUAAUAACUAAAAGUGCAUUAUUGUCGAUCUCCAAUGAGAAAAAUAAUUUUCUUGCAUAAACUUAACCUAAAAACCAAAAAUUUAAAUUUGAAAUUAAAAAAAAAAAACUAGAAAUUAUCCCUCUCGCUCGGCAUGAAUAUCCUUAGUGCAAAGAAAUUAAAAAUUAUUAAACAAAUACAUAUACAUAAAUAUAUAUUAAAUGUAAACGCACUUAAAAAUGAUACAACACCUCCCAACGCCUACACACAAGCCAAGCAACUUUAGUGGUAAAAUUACAAAUUACAAAUUUAACAAACAAAAAAAAAAAAUACAAAAAAUAUUUAUUUAUCGAAAUAUAAAUAAAAUAUAAAAAAUGCAUGGCAGGUUUAAGAUUGACAGUUGGAAAAGUGUUUUUGGAGUGUUAAUUGUAAUGUGACAUUUUUUUAUUUUUUAUUUAUUUUUUUUUUAUAUUAAUUUUUUUUUAUUUAUUUUUUUUAUUAAUUUUUUUUAUUUAUUUAUUUUUUUUUUAUUAAUUUUUUUAUUUAUUUAUUUUUUUUUUAUGAAAAUAUAGUUUAUUAAAAGUAAUAUUAAGUUAAAAAGUCCUCACAGAUAUAUAUUUUCUGGUGCUUAACUCCUGAUGUUUUGAAGUCUCUUUGGUCACAUACAAAUUAAAGUAUGUUGUUGUAGUAGCGGCAUAAAACAUUCCCCAAAUAAUUUUAAGGAAUGCUGCCGGUUUGACAGUCCUGGGCCGGAUAAAAAUCCGGGUCCGUUCCGUUUACAUAGAACCGCCUGUCGUGGAAACGGACACAUCAAAGUAUGUUUUCCAACCGUUGUUGUUGUUCUAAUGACAUAAAAGUUGGGCUAAGGACUCUUUUGAAUACCGCUUUUGAGGUUAUAUUCUUUGGUCAGGUAUACAUCAGGGUCUAUUAUGUUCAAAUUGAUCAUACAAAUGCGGCAGACAUUUCUGAAAUCAUUGAGGCAUACGAUUAUUCGCAAUAUUUCUUAUUUUUCCUGUAAUACUUACUACAAUAUUAAAUCACUGUUAGAUCUCUAUAAGAACUCAAGAGAAUAUUUAUUUUGUUUUUACCAAAAAAAUUGAAAAAUUAUAAUUUUCUGUUAUCAAUACUACGAUUCAUAUAAAUUACUCAAAAAAAAAACAAUUUAACAGUUAUUUUUUGAUUUUUUUAAAUAUAUAUAGAGCUUAAAAAAAUUAAAACAAAAAAAUUAAAAAGUGCCCUUUGACAUAUGAUCUUAUUAUAAACAAUAUUUUUUGUCACAUUACAGUUAUAUUCCAAAAACACAAAAGCAUGUAGUUGCCAGAUGUGCAAAAAGCAAAAAACCUACAAAUAUACAUACAUAUAUAUUUUCUGAUCUAUAUUUUCUUGAGUCCUAAAAAACCAUGUUCGUAUGUAUGGCUGGCGCGUGAUAAGCAUGAAAUUGUAGCAACGAGCGUUUGUGCCGCGUAUUCUAUUGUUAAAUAUUUUUUUUAGUUUUGCUCAUUUUCGGUGUUAUUAAAUUAAGUAUUACAUGAUUUUUGCGCAUUUCAAUUGAUUUGUGUUGUUGUAUUGUUUAAUAAGUUUUCAAUUAAAAAAAAAAUAUAUAUUUUUUAAUUAAUUAAAAUAAUUUUUGUACAGGAUAAAAAAUCUAAAAUUAACUUUCGCACACACACACAUUAAGUACGGAGUAGAAAAAAAAAUAAAAACAAAAAAAUUACGCGUUUUGUAAAUUUGUUAUUAUUAUGCUCGACGUUAAACGCUUAUUUUUUUAUAUGGGAAAUUUUGAAAUGAUUUGUAAAUGUACAGUGGCGCUACGCAUAGUGGAAAUGAUUUUUUUGAAGUAAAAAUAAAAAUUUGUUGGUAUUUGCUAGGUAAAAAAGUUAUUAUGAUUUCAAAAGUAAAGUAGUGUGUAUGCUACUAAAAUGUUUUGAAAUAAAUUAAUUUAAAUUUAAAUUAUACAUAAAUUGAAAACAAAAAAAGAAAAAAAUGAAACAAAAACAAACUAUUUAAUUGUUUUUAUAUAUUAUUAUUAUUAUUAUUAAUUAUUACUAUUAUUUACGAACCCACACACACCCCCUGUACGUAUGUAUGUAACAUAAUUACUAUUUAUUCGAUAAUAAUUAUGUUUGUAUUAAACUAUAUUUGAUUUAUGUAUUGUAAUCAUAUAUAUAAAUAUUAUUUUUAAAUAUGAUUUGAUUAAAAUGCGAUUUAAUGUUACUUUCUGUUAUUUGCUUAUAAAUAAAUACUUAAGUUAUAUUAUUAUUAUUACAAGCCAAAAUUAUGUUUGGUCCAAGCAAAAAAAAAAUAUAUAAAUAUUAUAUAUAAUUAUAUAUAUAAAUGUAUAUUGAAAAUAUUUGUUGUUUAAAUUAUUAUAUACGCCGAUUUUGUUUGCGGUUAGCUACGGUAGUUUAGCGAAAGAGUUGAGUUGAGUUGAGUGGCAAGCGGUGUGCGAGUUAGUGUUAGUAUUUGAAUUGUGAAAGCAAAAACGUAAUUGAAGAGAAUUUAUUUGCAAAACAUUUUGUGCCCCCAUUUUUGUGGAAAGUUUGUAAUCGUAAUGGCGUUACAAGCGCCGUGAACGUAACACAGUAGAAAUUGUAUGUAGCUCGAUAUAUAUUAUUAUAUACACAAACACAAAAACACACACAGAAAUUAUAUAUAUAUGUAUUUUAUAAAGAAAAAGAAACAAACAAAAUAUGUACAUAUAUAUACAUACACGCAUAUAUAAGUAUAUAUAUCUACAUAUACAAACAUAUAUAUAUUUACCUACCUAUUUACCUAUAAAUGUAUGGAUUUAUUUUGUGUAAUUACUUAUACAUAUACAAUUAAAUGAAGUAAUAAAAGAGCUAAAUAAAAUAACAACAAAAUAAUGAAACAAAAUGAGCCCACAUGAAAGAUUUUCAAACAAAAUAACUGUAAUGAGUUGAAAAAAAUAAAUCUAUGAAUAUGCAGUGAAUUCUACAAGUACAUGGAGCAAGGCUGAGAGGAAAGUAUCACCAUACCCACAAACAUAAACACACGCAUCAAUAUUAUCAAGAGUAAAUAAACAGAAAUUACAAAUUUAGAAACGAAAUAAUUAAAAA